AUGGCUUCUCAGUUCAUGAAGGACAAGGAGCUACUGGAGAGGAGACAACAAAGGGCUGUGAAGGUGAAGUGGAAAGGGAAGGACCUGUUUGAUCUGGUGUGCAGGACUCUGGGACUCCGAGAAACCUGGUUCUUUGGGCUGCAAUACACCAUCAAGGACACAGUGGCCUGGCUCAAAAUGGACAAGAAGGUUCUGGAUCAUGAUGUUCCAACAGAGGAGCCUGUCACCUUCCACUUCCUGGCCAAAUUUUAUCCUGAGAAUGCAGAGGAAGAACUAGUCCAGGAAAUCACUCAGCACUUGUUUUUCCUGCAGGUGAAGAAGCAGAUUUUGGAUGAGAAGAUCUACUGUCCUCCUGAAGCUUCUGUCCUGCUGGCCUCCUAUGCCGUCCAAGCCAAGUAUGGUGAUUAUGACCCCAAUGUCCACAAACGAGGCUUCUUGGCACAAGAGGAGCUGCUUCCCAAGCGGGUGAUAAACCUGUACCAGAUGACUCCAGAGAUGUGGGAGGAAAGGAUCACAGCCUGGUAUGCAGAGCAUCGAGGCAGAGCCAGAGAUGAAGCUGAAAUGGAAUAUCUGAAGAUAGCUCAGGACUUGGAGAUGUACGGAGUCAACUACUUUACCAUUAGGAAUAAAAAGGGCACAGAACUGCUCCUUGGAGUUGAUGCCUUGGGUCUUCACAUUUAUGACCCAGACAACAGGUUGACCCCUAAAAUCUCCUUCCCGUGGAACGAGAUCCGGAAUAUCUCCUACAGUGAUAAAGAGUUUACGAUUAAGCCAUUGGACAAAAAGAUUGAUGUUUUUAAAUUCAAUUCAUCAAAGCUGCGUGUGAAUAAGCUGAUUCUUCAGCUGUGUAUUGGAAACCACGACCUCUUCAUGAGGAGGAGAAAGGCAGACUCCUUGGAGGUCCAGCAGAUGAAGGCACAGGCCAGGGAGGAGAAAGCCAGGAAGCAGAUGGAACGGCAACGCCUGGCCCGGGAGAAGCAAAUGAGAGAAGAGGCUGAGAGGACAAGAGAUGAGCUGGAGAGAAGAUUGAUGCAGUUAAAGGAAGAGGCAACGAUGGCCAACGAGGCUCUGAUGAGGUCUGAAGAGACAGCAGACUUGCUGGCUGAGAAGGCUCAGAUCACAGAGGAGGAGGCCAAGCUCCUGGCUCAGAAAGCAGCUGAGGCUGAACAGGAGAUGCAGAGGAUCAAAGCCACGGCCAUCCGGACGGAAGAGGAGAAGAGGCUGAUGGAACAGAAGGUGCUAGAGGCAGAGAUGUUGGCACUGAAAAUGGCGGAGGAGUCGGAGAGGAGGGCAAAGGAGGCUGAUCAGCUGAAGCAAGAUCUUCAGGAGGCUCGCGAGUCCGAGCGGAGAGCAAAGCAGAAGCUUCUGGAGAUCACCAGCAAGUCAUCCUACACACAGUCCAUGAACUCCAGUACAACAGCACUGCCCACAGACCUGCCGAGCUUCAACCUCAUCAGUGAGAGCCUCUCCUUUGACUUCAAAGACACGGACAUGAAGAGGCUUUCCAUGGAAAUCGAGAAAGAGAAGGUAGAGUACAUGGAGAAGAGCAAACACCUACAGGAGCAGCUGAAUGAGCUAAAGACAGAAAUUGAGGCACUGAAGCUGAAGGAGAGGGAGACAGCCCUGGAUAUACUGCACAACGAGAACGCCAGCCGAGGCAGCAGCAAGCACAACACUAUCAAAAAGGUAUCAGAGGGCUCCAGUUUGUAUCUCACCUGAUGAAAUCCUUGAAACACUGCAAGGAAAUAACCCUUCCCUUUGGCUUAGCUUUUGCACAAGUUGUUAUAAUAAAAUGGUUUGAUCUAG